UGGGUAAAUUUGCCUACUAAAACAAUUGAAAAAAAAUCAGAUCACCUUGCUACUAUUUUUGACACAUUACAAAAAGCAAAUUUAAAAAUCAACAUAGACAAAUGUCAAUUCUUUUUAUCUGAAAUCAAAUUCCUGGAUCAUGUUAUUUCUGACAAAGAUUAA